GCCGCGCCGCGCACCCAUGGACGGCCCGGCCAUCAUCACCCAGGUGACCAACCCCAAGGAGGACGAGGGCCGCGCGCCGGGCUCCGGAGAAAAAGCAUCCCAGUGCAACGUCAGCUUAAAAAAGCAGAGGAGCCGCAGCAUCCUGAGUUCUUUCUUCUGCUGCUUCCGUGAUUAUAAUGUGGAGGCCACGCCCGUCAGCAGCCCCAGUGUGCUUCCGCCACUGGUGGAGGAGAACGGUGGGCUUCAGAAGGGUGACCAGAGGCAGGUCAUUCCCAUACCAAGUCCACCAGCUAAAUUCCUCCUUCCAGAGGUGACGGUGCUUGACUAUGGAAAAAAAUGUGUGGUCAUUGAUUUAGAUGAAACAUUGGUGCACAGUUCAUUUAAGCCUAUUAGUAAUGCUGAUUUUAUUGUCCCGGUUGAAAUUGAUGGAACUAUACAUCAGGUGUACGUGCUGAAGCGGCCACAUGUGGACGAGUUCCUCCAGAGGAUGGGGCAGCUCUUUGAGUGCGUGCUUUUUACUGCCAGUUUGGCCAAGUAUGCAGACCCUGUGGCUGACCUGCUGGACCGCUGGGGCGUGUUCCGGGCCCGGCUUUUCAGAGAAUCGUGUGUUUUCCAUCGAGGGAAUUACGUGAAGGACCUGAGUCGCCUUGGACGGGAGCUGAGCAAAGUCAUCAUUGUUGACAAUUCUCCUGCCUCAUACAUCUUCCAUCCUGAGAAUGCAGUGCCUGUGCAAUCCUGGUUCGAUGACAUGACGGACACGGAGCUGCUGGACCUCAUCCCCUUCUUCGAAGGCCUGAGCCGGGAAGAUGACGUGUACAGCAUGCUGCACAGACUCUGCAGUAGGUAGCCCCGGCCUCGCCCUCCUGCCUGCGAACUCUGGAACCUCAGGCCUCGGGGACCUGCCUGGCCUCAGCUUCCCAGGAACUGAAAGUGAGGACAGACCAUGCUUCAGACCACAGAGCGAAUGUGGCCAUACCUACCUGUUUUAUUUUUUAAGAACAGAAACAACUAUUUUAAAAUGAACUCUUUUAAUGAAUUUCAUAAAGGGACAUGCAUUUUACUGGAUUUGCUUUUCUUAAAACAUACCAAAAAGAAAAAAAUAUGGGGAAAAAAAAAAAAGCUUGAUAUCUAUCAGACUUCCUUUCAACUGUCCUCCCCUCCAAGCAGACAACCUGUCCCUCCUGUCCCAGCUCGGAACAGCUGACUCAACUCAGAAUCUCUUUCCUACAGGAUGAAGUGCCUUUUUGAAUGUUAUUUUAAGCUGAGAGUUGAUUUUUCUAUACAGCCUAUUUCCAGACAUCUUUUAGUCUUUUAUUGUCUUAGAUUCUCUAAGAAGAUAAAUAGGACAAUUUUCUAGAACCUGGGGGAUGGGUGGGUGAGGGUGGCAGAGAAUUAUAGGAGCCUGUCUCCCAACAGGUGGGACAGCUCUGACAGCCUGUGGCAUGCUGCAGGGUCAGGGUCCCAAGAAGAGUUUUUAUGACUGUGUCAAUGUCUCCGUUCAUUUCUGACCCAGUUUGGAAUGUAUCUGCCAUCGUGUGGCUCAACACUUAAGGAUACAUUAGAUCCGUUUAUAUGAUUUCUGAUGGUGACAAGUCUGUCUUGAGGUCACAUUCCCCCCUUGAAAAGUGACAUCCUGUCACUUCUGCUUUCACACUACUACCAUACUUUGUAUGUAGUUUCGUUGUUGUUUUGGGUAGAGCAGUUACAAGAAACCCUAAAACCCGUGGAUAUAAAUUUUUUUUUUUUUUUUGCUUAUUGAAUUUUAAAUCUUUCCUUUCCGAAAACUGGAUACAUGUGGAGCUGUUUGGGAAUUUUCUUUGCUGCUACUGUGCUGCCACCAAAUGGAAUUGACCAGCGGCUGUUACACUGUUCUUUGCCACUGUGCCUAUGCUCAGAAUCUGCUCACUGCUAAGCUGCAAACUUGGACAGGGUCAGAAACACAGGUGUCCUGCCCCAUUGCAGACUGCACCAACCAUAUUCCUUCCCUGGCAUCAGCCAGGGGAACUCCAAGGGGUACAAAGACGAAAGGGCCAGCGUGCCACAGAGAUGUGACGUGAAUUUUAAACUGCCGUCAACAUCAGAUCCUGUGAUAACCUGUGGCCUCGACCAGCCACUAUGCUGAUGUGGCCCAAGUCCAUCUCUUGACCUUCUCUUUUGAAGCACAGCCUAUUUCUGAGCCCGGGUCAGGGAAGUCUGUCUAGAUGUGGGACUCGUCGCCCCAAGCCAGGGUGAGGAAGCUCCCUCCCCUGAGCUGGCACUCCCUUUGCAGCUCUUCCUAGUGAGAUGUUGUAAGCAGUGCCAUGUUCCUUGUUUGACAACAAGACAGUCUUUAAAGUAUUGCUCUUCAAAGUAAUUAAAAAGAACCCUUUCAUGCUGGCACCAUUGCCUUAGUCCUCUGUGGGUUGGGCCUCCGCCAGCAUUGUGGUGGGAGCGACUGGCACUAAGAAGACUGGAAAUCAGGGGUCAAAAUGAACUUUCUUUUUUGCUUCUACACACAAAAUAAUGAAGCCAGCUGCCAAUCACAUCCUCCCAACAGCACUUUGGUCUGUGGAUGCCAUGCAUUCAGGAGAGAAGUAUUCAGGGGUAACCAGGUCUCCCAACAUUCUAAGUGUUCCAAACCCAGUAAUUCACAUUUAAGUAGAAAUAGCCCCUUGCUCGGCAUCGCCACAGAUAGUGACAGUUACCUGGCAGAUCUGCUAUGCCAUGAACCUUGAUUUGGAAAACCAGUCAUUAAAUGAACCCGCUGCCUUAAAUGUCUUGAAUGUGACAGUCGAGUGUCUGUGAAAUCCACACUGAAAUCAGUCUUGAUGGAGCCUUAGACCCUCCCUGUGCCCCCUUCUCAUUUGGCAUCACAGAGUCUUAUUUGGAGGAGGGGACAGAGAAGAUUGAAAUUCUAGAAUAUUUUCGGGAAAUUAAACCUAGGAACACACCCUACUUCUGAAAGAUGGAGUGAAGACACUUGGCAGGUUUGAGCCAGACACUUGACCUUGUAGUUCCCGAACCCGUGAACACCAUUGCACUAAGCCAGUGCGGGGCUGUUGAGGGUAGAGCCCAGUUCCUGCCACCACAGACACAGAAUGUCUUGGGAGGGCCAGCAGACCCUCUGAGGGUUCUGGAGUCUGUGCACCUUAUUUGACCACACUCCAAAAUACCAUUUUUAUUUCAACCCUUGAUUCUGUUUUAUGUACAUAAUCAAAAUAUCGAUAUCUAUAGCUAUAUAUAUAUAUUUUUAAUCAUCUACAUGUAAAUGAAGCAAUAGAAUUCUAACAUAAGGCCAAGAAAUGAGACGAAUGUUUGGGGUUUAUGUUUUUUAAGGUAAAUACGGGUAUUGUUUUUAAUUAUUACCUUUUAUUAAAUUGUGGAUUCUAAAACCUAAUGAAAGCUGUUAGCUAUUUCUCUGUGCCAUAGAUUUCCCAUGUUACCAAAACACCCCCAAUUCUUUAGCCAAAAGAGAAGUCUCACCUGAGUUUCCAUGGUCCUCUCUGUGCCAGGUUAAAAUAUAGUCUCCUGGACAAGUAUUUUUGACAUUAAGAUCUGGAGCAGAAUAUUCUGGGACAUGGACUCUGGCCCCAGUGAUGCUCUGCCAUGUCUCACCAGGCCUUUGGCGGAAGUUGCCGGACACACCUGAUGUUACUGCUCUGUCUUCCAUUGCUCGGAAUCCUACGUGUUGGUCUGUGAUUUCACCCAUUAGCUGUUUGUCAACAGUGCACUUGUAUACUGAAAAGGAACACCAUCUGUCACGGCUGAUAUUGGUGGGGAAGCUCCUUUGACAUGGGGCAAUGUUGAUGAGAUGACUUUGGAGACCUGAGGAUGCCUAGGUCUGGUGACACCAUCCCAUCAUGGUUGCAGUAUUUGGGCUUUUGGUAUAAAAAUGAAACCCUGUAAGUCUGUAACCUGGCAAUAUUUUACAAUCCUCUAUUUUCAAGAUGGUUUCUUAAUAAAAUCCAGAACCACACAGCCCUAUGGUCAAACACUCGUGACGUUUGUGCCUCUGCUUUUAAAGGUGCUGUGAUGGACAGUUGGCACGCCAGAGUUCGGGAAGAGUGGAGGGCUUGAAGUGCUUGCUGUUACCUGUACAAAAUUAACUGGCUGCCUCUGUUCCUAUUUUACUGUAAAUCUGAUGGUGUCUCUUCCUGUCCCAUCCUCCAGGGAGCUUCUCUGCAGACUAACACCCCCCCAAGUAGAGGAGAUGUGGUAUCUGAGUAGUCAUAGGUUUCUGUUGGACAUAUGAACAUGACAUACAAUCCAGCACCACUUGGGGAGCACUGCGUGCGGGAUGUGCACGUUCCCAGGGGUGAGCGUUGUCCGUCAAGAGGUUUGCGACGAUUCCUUCCUGCCAAAAAUAAACAUGUGGAAUUAUGCUCUCUUGUGGAUGGACUGCUUCU